CUCUCUCUCUCUCUCUCUCUCUCUCUCUCUCUCUCUCUCUCUCUCUCUCCGGGGGCGUAGUAUCAAGCAGGUUAUUGUGAAGAGUGUGACACUGGUGAGACACUUGCAAAACAGCUGACUACUUACAACAGCUCUUCAGUCAUCCACCAAGGUAAGAUUGACACUUUUUGGUUAGAACUCAAGAUUUUAACACAAAACUAAACUUGCUAAAGAAGCACAAGUUUUCCCGUGUAUCAACCUCACUCCGCGUGACGAGGCGUAUUAACAAAACGAAAUUGAAAGUGGGUACAGGUAUUUAGUUUUAAAUUAAUGAAAAUUCAAGGAAAGUGUUAGUGAUUUUAAUCUUUGUGUGCGUGCUUAUUUUAUUCUUUAUUUGUUUGUAUGAUUGUUCAUGAAAAAAUAUUUCACUUUACUUACCAUCAUACUGUGUAUGCGUGUGUGUGUCUUUCUUUGGUAUACAGAUGCAGGGAUGGGUUGUGAUCAGUUGUGCUCUCCUGGCCAUGGUCAGUGCUGAUGUAUGUCCAGAUGGAGGGAGUUGUAAAGAUGGUCAGACUUGCUGCAAUGACCCAACCAAUGGUUAUGAAUGCUGCCCAUUUGAUCAGGUAAACAUUAAUAUUCCUCUUUAUGAAAAAAGAGUUACAACAUACAGCACAAAAGCAAUAUAGACAGGUCAAUCAAUCUCUAUUUAUAUAGCCCCGAUUCACAACAAGUGUUAUCCCAAGAAGUUUAACAAAAAAAGCUCAACUUUUAUCUUGUCGUUUUAUUCUCAUGUCUUCAUCUGUAAAGUGACCUUGAGUUUUUAAAGAGGUGCUUGUAAAUAAAAGAAUAUUAUUAUUAUUAUUAUUAUUAUUAUUAUUAUUAUUAUUAUUAUUAUUAUUAUUAUACUGUAUUUACAAAGACUCAAUGUAAAGAUGGGAUCAGCCUGAGCCACAUCUUGUAAGAUCAGACCCACUCCCAUCCCACCUUCAACCACAUGAAUGAAACACUUGACAGCAUUUGUCAAGUUACAGUGGAGAGGAAGAACUUCCUUUAACAGGCAGAAACUUUGUGCAGAACCAGACUCAUGUUAGACAGUCAUCUGCUGAAACUAAGCUGGGUUUAGAGAGGAGAGAGAGGGAGAUGAAGAAAGAGGGAGAUGGACAGAGGAGAGACUGAUAGAUGGAGAUGGAGAAAGAGAGAUGGACAAAGGGGAGACUGAUGCUUGUAGUUUAAGUAGCUCUAAAGCAGACAGGUCCACAACAGCAGGACAUCUGCCGCUGCAAUCUUGAGAAAACUACAGGAUGGUGGAGCUCAGGGACUCAGAGAAAGGGAAAAGAGAAAAGUUAUUAUUGACCCUAAUGGGACAACAUGAUUUAAAGUUAAUGUCUCAGACAGAAAGAAGAUGGAGAAGGAGGAAAAAAUGCUCACCAGUAAACUUUGCACCUGCUUGUUCAAACACUUCGAUCUUUAAGUCGUCCUGAAGAGGACUGGCUAUUAGGACUAGGACUAAUCUAUUUGCCGUGGUUAGUUAUUUUUAUCCUCUCAGUUGAGCUAAUAUAUGCACACUGCUCUGCAAAGUCAACAUGCAGUCACUACAUAUAGUACACAGUCAAAAUGUAAUCAAGUCCUUUUUUUAAAGUUAUGUAUAAAGAUCAGAGAAUCAGACAAUAAUUAUCUGUAAUGAUUAGAACAGUCACUAAGAAAUGUUUGACUGUUUAUCUCUACGUUGGCUCUACACAAUCUUUUCUGUUGGUCACAUUAUCAUAUUCUAAAAAACAGAGAAUUUGCUGUUGACAUUCAUUGCUGUAAGUAUUUAAUGUCUUUGAAAUAUAUAGUGAAACGUAAGAGAGAGAAAAUGUCAACCUCACUGCUUUCCUCCUAACCUUUCCUUUUAUUUCACAUAAUAUGUUAGCUGGAAUAAAUAUUGAAAAACUUGUUUGUUAUUCCAUAAAGUAGAAUUUCAUAAAUCAUGAAAACAGAGAGCCCAGUUGUUGCUUGCUUAGCUUAACAGAGUAUCAGUAAAAGCUAGCAAUUUCUGACUCUUGUGAAAAGAACGUUUUUUGUUGUGUGUUUGAGUUACUCUAAAAUCUUUAAAUGUAUAUAAUUAUGAGUUAAUGUCUUAUUUAAGUAUCAAUCAAUGUGUUAUAUUAUUUUAAUGCCAAUUAGGCCUGUUUAAAAAUCUUGAUAGUAAACAUAAAUUAGAAAAAUAUUCUGUCCUGUAACAUGCUGUCAAAGUUGUUUUGCGAUAUACUGUAUUAAAUUUUCAAUAUAAUGUUAUAACAAUACAUAAAAGGAGCUUAGCCUAGACAGUCUAAAACAAUAGGAGGCCUGUAUUCUACUUUAUGGUCUCAUAAUUAGCUCAACACUUUAACAAGAUAAACUUCAACAAAAUGAUAAUGUUUUAGUUGAACAGAAUACUUUGUCUCCAUGUCCACUCCGUAGUAAAAUGUGAGAUAAUGCUCUCUAUAAUAUAAUACAGGUCUUACACUGGGUCACCGGUGUUUUACUGUUUUAUGAGUCAGAUAAAAGUCUGGCUUCAUUUUGCUUGUGUGAUAGCAGUUUCUAGACUUUGGUAGUCAAAGUGUUCCUACUACAACUGUCCUCACAGGCGGAGUGCUGUGAGGAUCACAUGCAUUGCUGUCCUGCUGAAACACUCUGUGAUACGGCAACAUCCAGCUGUGUGAAUGCUACUGUUACAGUACCGUGGGCAGAAAGAACUUCUGCCAGUAAACCCAGACUCUCUAAAGUAAGAGUAAACCACCUUGAGCUCAGAAAAAUACAACUUUGAUUACAUAACAUUAUGCAAGUGCCUGCUAUAAUAAACAUUGUCUUUCCCAUCCUGGGCCUGCAGUCUUUCAGGAUGAUUAAGUCAUAUGUCGGGGAAGAAGAUGACAACAUCUGUCCUGAUCUGUCUCGAUGCCCAGCUGAGUUUUCUUGUCUUAGCGCGUUAACAAGGUUUGGCUGCUGUCCCUUAGCUCAGGUAAUCAAACUUUGAUUAUAUACUAAGAACAUGGAUGCUGCUGCAUUUAUUAACAUUGUUGUACUCGACACGUAAAUUAUGAGAAAGGGGGAUGUAAUAACAACAAUAAGUUUGUUGAAAUGUUUCAUAUUUCUAAGGUUGUCAGCCUUCCUUCAUAACUUAUUUGACAUACAAGUCCAAGAGCUUGUAAAUUUGUAUUGUCUUUAUAAUGGGAAUAAGUGCACAGUGAACAGAGAGGAACUUUGUUUGUUUGAACUUUUUUCACUCUAUGACGACAAGCCGAUAAGGGAAGUUGUAAAUCAGCUAUAUCAGAAAAUGUAGCAAAUUUGCUUUGACUCUGGUUGCACAGAAUAAAAUUGGAUUUCUUAAUAAUGCAUAGUUAUCUACUGGAUUAUUUUAUGGCAGCAACGAUCUACUUAGUGGUGAACAUGUAAAGACUGUCAAAAUGGCAGAUUGAGAUGUCCUACUACUAAAUCUAUUUGGAGUUGAAUUUAAGAUCAAGCCUUUUUUUUCUUGAUUCUUGACAGGGGAUCCCUUGCUCUGAUGGGAAACACUGCUGUCCAGAAGGUCACCAGUGUAGUUUAAACAGCCGCUCUUGCAUCAAAAAAGGUAAACCUCCUCUACUUAAUAUCAUGAAACUCAAACAACCCUGAUCUGGAACGAGUCUUGUCUGCAGCAUGCUUGUGACUGGGUCAUAACUAAAGCUGGUGUACAAAAAUGGCAUGGAGUCUCGCAAGGCCCUAUCUCGGGGCCUCAUCCAUUUGACAUCCCCCUAGUCAACAGUCUAGAUACCUUUAAAGGCAAAAAUUCUUAAUUUUUAUUUCGCUGCUCAGUUACAGACCCCCUUUGGCUCAGGUUUUCUUACACUUCACAUAAAAUUAUUAAUGGUAACUUAGAAUUCAUUAGUAGUUUAACAAAAGUAUAGUGCAAAAGUGAAUUUUUAAAUAUUUGUUUUAACUUAUAACAGGCCAUAGUUUAAAUAAAGAAUGUGAGUCAAAGUAAAGUUGAUCAAAGCCUGAAUACAGAUGAAAUACACUCACCAGCCACUUUAUUAGGUACACCUGUCCAACUGCUCGUUAACACUUAAUUUCUAAUCAGCCAAUCACAUGGCGGCAACUUAGUGCAUUUAGGCAUGUAGACAUGGUCAAGACAAUCUCUUGCAGUUCAAACCGAGCAUCAGUAUGGGGAAGAAAGGUGAUUUGAGUGACUUUGAAUGUGGCAUGGUUGUUGGUGCCAGAAGGGCUGGUCUGAGUAUUUCAGAAACUGCUGAUCUACUGGGAUUUUCACGCACAACCAUCUCUAGGGUUUAUAGAGAAUGGUCCGAAAAAGAAAAAAUAUCCAGUGAGCGGCAGUUCUGUGGGCGGAAAUGCCUUGUUGAUGCCAGAGGUCAGAGGAGAAUGGCCAGACUGGUUUGAGCUGAUAGAAAGGCAACAGUGACUCAAAUAACCACCCGUUACAACCAAGGUAGGCAGAAGAGCAUCUCUGAACGCACAGUACGUCGAACUUUGAGGCAGAUGGGCUACAGCAGCAGAGGACCACACCGGGUGCCACUCCUUUCAGCUAAGAACAGGAAACUGAGGCUACAAUUUGCACAAGCUCAUCGAAAUUGGACAAUAGAAGAUUGGAAAAACGUUGCCUGGUCUGAUGAGUCUCGAUUUCUGCUGCGACAUUCGGAUGGUAGGGUCAGAAUUUGGCGUCAACAACAUGAAAGCAUGGAUCCAUCCUGCCUUGUAUCAACGGUUCAGGCUGGUGGUGGUGGUGUCAUGGUGUGGGGAAUAUUUUCUUGGCACUCUUUGGGCCCCUUGGUACCAAUUGAGCAUCGUUGCAACGCCACAGCCUACCUGAGUAUUGUUGCUGACCAUGUCCAUCCCUUUAUGACCACAAUGUACCCAACUUCUGAUGGCUACUUUCAGCAGGAUAAUGCGCCAUGUCAUAAAGCUGGAAUCAUCUCAGACUGGUUUCUUGAACAUGACAAUGAGUUCACUGUACUCAAAUGGCCUCCACAGUCACCAGAUCUCAAUCCAAUAGAGAAUCUUUGGGAUGUGGUGGAACGGGAGAUUCGCAUCAUGGAUGUGCAGCAGACAAAUCUGCGGCAACUGUGUGAUGCCAUCAUGUCAAUAUGGACCAAGCUCUCUGAGGAAUGCUUCCAGCACCUUGUUGAAUCUAUGCCACGAAGAAUUGAGGCAGUUCUGAAGGCAAAAGGGGGUCCAACCCGUUACUAGCAUGGUGUACCUAAUAAAGUGGCCGGUGAGUGUAUAUCUUAUACAGUGUGCAUAAUGUUGACAGAACAACUCAUUGCACAUACUGUACUAGUCAAGUUAAUUGGAGGAUCACAAGCACACGUUCAUUUGACUUGGAAUUUUUGUAAACAAUAAAAUAAUUCAUUUUGUUUCAGAAAUCAGGGUCAGAUUCAGUCUCUGAUUCACUUAUCUUGAAUUUUAAGGCAGCUUGGGUGCAAAUACUAGAUUUUUUUUACAGUGUAUCUGCAUAGUCAAAAUGAAACAUGUAGAAAGCAGCAUAUUUGAAAUGUACUUCCUGAAACAUUUGGUCUGCUUUCACUCUCACUUCUUGAAACCAGGACUUGGAACCUUAAAAGUGGUCAUGACUUUUUCUGCAUUUAAUUUGUGACUUAUAUUUUCAUAAUGCCUUGUGUUUCUCUGAUAUUUGCUGACUGCCCUCAGGUGUCCACAGAUAAACCAUUUAAAGCUCCUGUGCAGAACUUGAAGUUUGUCAUUUUUGGUUACCCUGUUGGUCAGACACCUAAACCUUAUCAGUGGUUCCAGACAUUAAAAUAAAUAACUUUAAAGAUGUGCUAGGAAUAAUUUUGCUUUAUUCUGCCUCACUCCAAUAAGGUGUUUUAGAAAUAUGACUCUCCUUGGUUCUGUUGCAGAGCAUGUGACUACAGUUUUAUGUGGUGAUGGAAAGCAAGAGUGUCCAGAUGGAACAACCUGCUGUGAAACCUCAGAGGGGAUGUGGGGAUGCUGUCUCCUGCCAAAGGUAAAAAAUGCUGCUCCUUUUAUCGACAGUGACAUUUUUGAAUACUAUUGUUCACUCAUCCACCAUGGAGUGUAGUACAAAAGAGGAAGAAUUCAAAUGAUGGAUUUGCAUGUCCUGCUGCUAUGUCCACUUAUCAAACCCUUAUGUUGUCUUAACAAGCUAGGUAAACUCUGACUUCUCAUACCGUCUGAACAGGCUGUGUGCUGUGCUGAUAAACUACACUGCUGUCCUGAGGGAAACACAUGUGACAUUGAAAAUUUGAAGUGUGUUUCACCUUCAACCAAAAAAGUGACACCAAUGUGGGCCAAAUUCCCUGCCAGAACUAGAGCAGAGUGGGAGAACCAGAAAGGUCGGGGUUUUCAAUUUGAUUCUGCUGUAAAUCUUACUUCCUCAUUCUGAUUGAUUAUUGUUUAAACCAGUUUCUGCUUACAGAGCAUGACCUGUGUGUGGGUGUUUUUCGCUUUCAGAGGGUGAACAAGUGACAGCAAAGGCAGCUCACAAUGACGGUCUUCCUAAAAAAGCCCCUGAAGUCAGCACAGCGAAUACAGUUCCUCCUACCAAGAAGGAAGUAUCCCCCUCGACAGUUACUCAGAGAACUGCAGGUUAGAUGAUUACCUAACAUAAAGUGUAAAAAUCAAUAUAUUCAUUCUAAUUUAGCAUAAGAAUGAAUCUUUGAUCCACCACAUACAUUGAAGUACUCUCUGUUUCCCACUCAUGACCACUUUUACAAAAUACCGUCAAUAAGGUACUUUCCAGUCGUGCAGGUUUGUCAGGGAGGGCAGGAGUUCUCUAGCACACCUUGCUGUUGUUUUUUUAUGUUCAGACAUUUCCUGGCAAGUUAAAGUUUCCUCCAGGGUUUGGCAUGUUUUUCAAGAUUAAAAAAGAAAUGCAUAACACUCUUCCUGCAUUUGUUGGAUGUGGUGUUUGAUAGGUAGGUUUGAGUUGUGCCAUUAGACAAAGGUUUGCCUUUUUAGAUUGUUUAUUUAAUGAGGGGUCUUGUUUAAUGCUACUUAAACUGAAAUAUUUGAAGAGCUGGUGCAGAUAUGAUAACCUUUAACAGUUUUUCCAUUUUGCAUUUCCUCUCAAGUCAGAAUGCAUCUAUGUUUUAACUGUCUAUGUAGGACUUGAAAAUGUCUUGUGGAGUUGUGUUGCAAACUAUAGAUUGUAUAAACAUGGACAUAAUCUUAGUGAGUUCACCCAUUCAUUUCUUAGGUGGAGCUUUGAAGCCCAAUAUUGGUGGUCACCAUACUAGGAAUACUGACCUACUCUUCCCUGUGGUUAACAUGCAAGAAGCAAAGAGGUCGCCUGCUGGCUAACAGCCACGAAAUGUCAGCCUCUCAUUGAAGUCAGCUGUCCCCUCAGUUCUGUCUAAUUAUGCAAAACUCACAAGUUUAAUGUCUUCAAAAUGAAUCAUUUAAAACUAACUCACAGCCUCUUCAGUGUAUCCAAAUAGAAAAGUAGGUGAUUUGGUUGUUAGGCGUUUGGUAAUCCAUAUCUGGGUCGAAAGGCUUAAACACUUCCUCCCCUCGUCUGUUGUGUAAGCAUGCAGAGAAGGAUCUUUUCAUCUUCUUGUCAAACUAGCAUAAGACACUUGCUGGGCUGUUAAUAUACUAUCCAUGGGGUUAAUUAGUAUGAGUUAUUUUUCAAACAUCUGGAACAAAAGUUGCCUUUCUUUUGUACUUCUUUUACUCUGUUUGCACCAGUUUUAACUGUGACCGUGAAAGGUGUAAAACUAAAGUCCCCAAAACCAAAAGAGCUAGAUGUAUUUAGUUAUGGGAUUUAAAGUACCAAAAAGAAUCAGAUUAUUCCAGUCAGGUGCAACACCCCAUGCUGUCAAAGCUAUCCUCGCCACAUUUUAGAGGUACACAGUCACUUUGUAAAUGCUACUGUACUCUCCUGGUUGUAACUGCCAUAUUUUCAUCACUUAUGUGGUUGUUAUCUUCAUGUCCAGGCAAUGAUGUAGCCUGCAACAGUACAGCAGCCUGCCCAGAUGGGAACACAUGCUGUAAAACCAAAGAGGGUGGCUGGGCCUGCUGUCCCCUGCCAGAGGUAAACUUUUGGUUAUUUAUCGAACAAAAUGUUAAACUUUGUCAGAAAUGCACAAUUCUCAACCAACCUGGCCAUUUUCAGGCUGUUUGUUGUGCAGAUUUCAUUCACUGCUGCCCAAAAGGUAAGAAAUGUAACCUGGCUGCAGAGACCUGCGAAGAUGAAUCAUGCUCUGAACCACUGGUGAAAAAAGUGCCCACCAUCCCUCUGAAGAGCACUCUGGUGGGAGAUGUGACAUGUGACUCUAGUCAUAAAUGUCCUGAUGAUUCCACCUGCUGCAAGACUGAAACGGGAGAGUGGGCCUGCUGUCCUCUACCCAAGGUAGACUCAGAAUAAGAUCACUGAAUCGUCUGUCUGUACAGAAAAUUUGACACCAAGAAUCAAUAAGCUGAAGUUAACAUGAAGAGCUGAAACAUAAAAGCUGUAUUAAACUGACAACUGAGCAUGGCAGGAAUUGAGCCACAUUUAGACAGCACUGAUUCUUUUGUGUUUAGCUAAGAUAUUGUAUUGAUAACACAGCUACAGAUAACUGAUUAGGUCAGUUUGGUGAUCUUUGGGCAGAGCCAGACUGUCUUUGUCAGUCUGUGUAAAAUCUUUGAAUAACGCUAAACUAAACUGCUGCUGGUAGUAACUUCACAUUGUAACAGCAAGAGUGCGCUUGGCCCUUUUUGUGCUAUUAAGACAAAAAAGUGAAUGACUGCAAUUCAUAAUAUCACACUUUGCCCAUAGGUUUGGUCUAUAUUAACAUCUAAUGCUAACAGCGGUAGCCUGUUAGUUUAAGUUAGCAUAGACAGCAAGCUAGGUUUAGUCCAAGGACUUGGCACAGAUUGACAUACACACACACACACACACACACACACGAAACACACAGGAAAUUCUGAGUUUUAAAAAGUUGAAUGAGUUUUGUGGACAUAACAGGGCUAUCUGUGUUCAGCUGACUGCUGGCUGUCAUAUUGUUUUUUUUUUAUUUCUUAGAUAUUUCACUUGUUUUUGCUUCUCUUUUCUCAUAAUUCCACAUGAAAAUGUAUUUGACGAAACUACUUUGUUUUUAAGGCGGUUUGCUGUGAUGACCAUGAACACUGCUGCCCUGAGGGCACCAUCUGUGACCUUGCCACCCUCACCUGUAACCACACCUCGGGCUCUUCGCCCAUACAGCGGAAGAUUCCUGCAUUACCAACAAUGACAUCUACUACAAUGCAGACUGCAUCCCGCAGCACAGCGGUGACAACUGCACAGCGAACAACAGCUGAAGAUGAGAGGAAGCCAGAGGAGGAUGAGGUGAAGCCAGGUGAAGCAGAGAAGGAAAGGGUGGAGGGAUCUGUUCAGUGUGACCCCCACACCUCUUGCCCCCAGUCCACCACCUGUUGCUUCAUGAAGUCAUCUAAAAAGUGGGGCUGCUGCCCACUGCCACAGGUGAGCACCGCAUCAUCAAAGCAUGGUUUACUACAGGUCCUGAAACAUAUCUAGCUAAAAUGAAAUUUAAAACACAGGGGAGUGUUAACCAGAUUAAAAAUGGAGUGAAUGUUAACAUUCUUUGACGUUUACCAUUCAAUGAAUUCACUGCACCAAGUGAUUAUCAUCAUCAUCAUUGAAAGCUCUGUAUUUUGUUCGCCAGCUUUGACUUCUGGCUUUUUCGUGAGUAAAAAGUCUCCUCUUUCACCACAAACAUCCUCAAAAAGUGCCUGACAAUUCUAAGAACUACUGAAUGGCAUUAGUCUCUCAAACCCCGAGAGAGGAAGCAAAUGUUUUGCCCUGACUUUGCAUGUUGAUAUGUUUUCUGUUCUGCAGUCAUUUUCUGUCUUUCCUGUGCUCACUUGUGACAAAAGGCCCCAUUCACCUGCAGAAUAAAUGAAAGGCUUUCUUCCAUUUGACAGCGUUAGAUCAUUUAUAGGCAUUUAUAAAUACAUUAUUAAAUGUAGUCAGCUUUUAUUUCAGUUAUGCAAUGUUUGUUCAAUCUGCAGUUUUAAACUAUGAGAACAAACAAAGUUAUCUGACGUGAAUUCAAUAUAACAGCACGUGUUUAAAAAAAGACACUUAUUCACACCAAUAAUAAGAAACCCUUACACAGGACUAUUUUAAGGGUUUGUUCUUGUGCCAAUUGGGGCACAACCUUCAAUCCAGUGUGUACAUGAAAUUCAUCAGUCUAAGAACACAAGAGUUAAAGAACAGGGUCAGGAAUUGGCCUUAAGUUUUUCCAGAAACCCUCUUUGUAAACAGAUUUUUAAAAAAUCUGUUACAAAGGUUUUGCAUCCACUCGAAAAAACUCUGCAUCUGCAAAUCAAUAUGUGCAAAUUUUUUUUGGAGACACUUAUUUGCAUAGAACUGAAAGACAGUUCAGAACAAAGGCAGCGAAAGGAAAAGUUCUGUUCCCUCCAUCAGUGGCUUAAAUAUUCAUGAUACUUUGGUUAGAAAAGCUGACUGAGUUAGGUGCUUUUAUUUUAAUAGGAGAAAUUUGGAAAAAAGAAUUGAUGAUGUGAAAGUAGCACUUCUGCUCUCACUUUUCCCCAGGCCGUGUGCUGCUCAGAUGGGAACCAUUGUUGUCCUAACCACUACAAGUGCAAAGAGGACCAGACCUCGUGCAUCAAAGGGGAAGUUGUGAUUCCGUGGUACACAAAGCUUCCUGCCACCGCCAGCAUCCCAGCCAAUCCCAGAUCUGUGAAAUGUGACGGUCAGAGUCAGUGCCCUGAACACACCACCUGCUGUCGGCUGUCCACGGGUGAAUGGGGCUGCUGCCCUCUGGAAAAUGUAAGCCGUACAUUUGUAGAUUAAGAUGUGGAGUAUAGCUGCUUUGACUUGAAAAUAAGCCACAUUAUCUGGAUAAUUCAGCUAUGUCAGUGUUUGCUUUUGUAAAAAUAAGGGCCAUCACAUUCCCUAAUCUUUUGCUUGCUGUGUCUGCAGGCUGUGUGCUGCCAAGAUAAGAAGCACUGCUGUCCUCAAGGUUACACCUGUGACAUCGCCUCCAACUCCUGUCAGAAGCUCAUCAUGCUGGAGCUGGAGACUGUGCCACUAACCCCAGUGCUUCUGCCUGGACCUCAACCCCAGCUGCCUCCUGUUAAGCAGAAAGAUGUCAAGUGUGAUGAGGAGACGAGCUGUCCGGAUGGACAGACCUGCUGCAGGAUGUCGGCUACUACAUGGGGCUGCUGUCCAUUCAGUGAUGUAUGAUGCAGACAGCUUUAACCUUUGAAAGAGGGUUUUUAGAAGUAUCUCUUUCUCCUGCAGAGAGAUAGUCAAAAAUAUUGACACCACCCUUUCUUUUUUUUUAACAUAAACAUGAAGAUACUGUGUGAUGCCAGUUAACUUCACAAAACGACUGAAAACAAGGGGAGACAGCUGCCCUGCUUUGUCUAUUAAGCUCACUCAGCUCUUUAUUUUGUGCUGAGCUAGGCUUAGCUAGUUCUGUAGUUUCAUGUUAACUGUACAGAUUAGAAAGCAAUUAUUCAUCUUCUCAUCUUUUGCUCUACAUUCAAGCACUUUCUUUUGACAGGUUUAUUAUUUCAGAGAUUCAGAAAUGCCAAAAUAGCUUGUGUAAAUGAUCAUGUGUUGUUAUUUAUGAAAGUACUCCAUCACACAUUAAGUAUCUUUAAUUAAUUCCACCUCAGCUAGCCCCAUAUGCUGCUUACGUAUUUCUGCAUUACUAUUAAAACUACAUACAAAAAGACAUGAUCUGCUCUUAAAUAUAGAUUCUACACGAGUCAAACCAACACUUCUCGGUCAAAAAAAGGCUGCCUCGGCCAGCUGCACCUCUAAACUACUGCUUACGUGUUCAUAUGGAAUAAACUGAUAAUCUAACUUAUAUUCUGACACACCAGUCAUAAUACUCCUCUGCUUUAACAGCAGUUGUGCACUUGUAAUUCAGUAAUAUUACACUCUGUUGUUAACCUGUCCAUGUUCUCUCCACAGGCGGUGUGCUGCAAAGACAUGUUGCACUGCUGUCCCCACGGCCUCACCUGCAAUGAAGCUGGAGAAUGCAUCCAGAAACCUGUGUUUCACUGGCAGGACUGGCCCAAGUUUCAAGCCAACAAAAAGAGAGCUGUCAUAGUGUAAAAACAAUAUUCCCUGAUUAUGAUAUUCCUCUGCAUGCAAAGCACUAAUGAAAAAUUAUGUAAAGGGAUUUUAUUGUUUAUUGUCAAAUGCUUCUUUUGUGGACAAAUAUAAGGUCGAACAGAGAACUGUGAAGUUUAAUUGCAUUUGGAGGCAAGUUAGGAUGUUGAGUUUGACACGUUGUCAUGUUCAUAAGUCAUUAAAAUCUUUUGUUUUUUCUAACUACACUCCAGAAUAAUGAAAAACAACUUAAACACAGGCAACAUCAUUUCUGUAAAUCAUCUAUUUCUCUGUCAUUCUUUAGCUUCCUUGUGUUGAAAACUGCAUUUCUCUAUGAAUCAACUCAAUAAAGUUCAUGUUUUAGUCCCUUAAAUGUUUCAAAAGCGACAGUCUAAUUCUGAAUUUAGACAUCCUUAUGGCAUGUUGUGACUUUCUUCACCUGUCAUCAAAGAUAUUUUCAAAUAAAAAGCACAAAUCCACACAGCAUAAAAAGGAA